AACGUUCCGUUCUUUUAAAAAGAACACAGCUGUUUUCCUGACAGCGAUUACAAAAAGUUGAAAUUUUUAGUUCUUUUAUUAUUUUGAUUUACUAAUAUUAUAGGUUUUACAUAGAAAAAUAAUUCGUCAUAAUGGAUAAUUCUCUAACUAAUUUUGAAUUAACAGAAAGUACGGUUAAAAUAGAUCCGGAUACGGAGAACGGUUCCGGUUCGGAUAAAAGCGAUCCAAUAGAAAUCGUAAGUUUAGGGGAUGCUGAAUCCUCCAGCAGUAAAUCCGACGACGAUUUCGAUAAUAAUUUACCGAAAACGGUUACUCUUCUAAGACAUGAAAAGACUGGCGCAAAAGUGUAUCUUAUCGGUACAGCACAUUUCAGUAAAGAAUCGCAAGAAGAUGUAAGAAAAGUUAUAACAACCGUUCUUCCACAUGUAGUUGUUCUAGAACUUUGCAGCUCUAGAACAAAUAUUUUAGCUUUAGACGAAGAAACUAUUUUACAGGAAGCCAAAAAUAUUGAUAUGCAAAAAAUUUUGAGUACAAUUAGAAGUAAUGGACUCUAUAAUGGGUUAAUUUAUUUACUUGUGCUCAAUAUGAGUGCUUAUUUAACUAAAGAAAUUGGUAUGGCUCCCGGUGGAGAAUUUAGAGUUGCUUUUAAAGAGGCUUCCAAUAUUCCUAAUUGCACUAUACACCUUGGAGACCGUUCUAUGUCCAUCACAUUACAAAGGGCUUUGGCGAGGCUUUCGUGGUUUCAAACUGUGAAAUUAGCAUGGCAUCUACUUACUUCAAAGGAACCUAUCACUGUAGAAGAUAUAGAAAAAUGUAAGGAAAAAGAUAUGCUGGAGCAGGUAUUAUCAGAUUUUUCUGAACAAUAUCCCGCGUUCAAGGAAGUUUUUUUAGAUGAAAGAGACAUUUAUUUGACAAAUUCCUUACAACAGGCUGUCCAAUCGAGAUCGAAAUCCUCGCAAGAAGGUGACUUUGAACACGAGCCUAUACGUGUAGUGGGUGUCGUCGGUAUGGGUCACACACCAGGAAUUAAAAAACUUUGGCCUACGAGUCAAGAGCAUAACGUAAACUCUAUAGUCACGAUCCCACCUCCUUCGUUAACAUCUAAAAUCAUCAAAAGGGCUUAUAAGAUAACUUUAUUAGCCUUCGGGGGUUAUUUGGUGUACAAAUUCGUUCCAGUACCAAAAUUUUUGAAAGAAAAUACUCAUAUUGUUGCUCAAAAAAUAUUGAUAGGCUUGAGAGCCGAAAACAAUUUUAGGUUAAGCUUAAACUGAGUUUUUUCUUGUUUUUUUAAAACCCUAACCAUUUUAAAUUAGUUUUUUAAUAGACUGAAUUUAGAUUAUUGGAAAUUUAAUUUAUUUUUUAUCCGGAUUAUUAAAUACUAGUUGUCCCAAAUUUUUGGAUGAGUACAAUUAUUUGUGGAUAAACAGGGCCACAAUUGAGUUGUAAUACAUGGAACCAUUCGUCUUGGACACCCCAGGGGUAAUUUUUUCUCAAAUUUUUCGACGGGAAAUACAAAUUUUUGAUUCUUUUCAAUUACCGUUCUAGGAAAAAAUAUUUCUCAUAAUAUAAUCAACUGAAAUUGGGUUUUUUUUAUUUUUUUUUGUAAAAAAACUGAUGAUUUACCCCUUUUAAGAACUUUUUUCGUUAAGAAAUCCUUUUUUUAGAAUCUUAUUACAUAUUUUUUGUUAUUUAAUGAUUUCUUUUUGCUUCCAAUUUCUAAUUACAGACUUCAAUAUAUAUUUUAUUCUCUAUUAUCUUUUAAUAGUAAAUUCGAAUGGUUUUAACUGUUUUUUUCACUUAAAAACUGUUAUUUUGAUCCUUUAAGGACUUAACAUGAUAUUUCUUGUGUUAAGAUGUCCUCUAGAAUCUAGCACAACUUCGAAGCUGUUAUUUUUGUCCUUUAAGGACUUAAUCCACUUUCCUUAAUCCAGAUAUUUUACGAUUUUUCUUUUAUAGAAUCAUAUGUACAUGCCUCUAAUGUCCUUUAAUCCUUUUAGUUUGUAUUUCGUAUUGCCUCUAGGACCUAAUGUAUCUGCAAAUAUCUUAUUUUAGUCCUUUGAGAACUAUAUCCAUUGAAAAAUCUUCUAUUUUAGAUUUUUUGUACGUUGUCGUGAAUUAGAUAAUUUGUAUGUCCUUUAAUCCUUCUAGUUUGUAUUUCGUAAUGCCUCUAGAACCUAACACAUCUUCGAAGCUGUUAUUUUUAUCCUUUAAGGGCUCAAUCCACUGAGAAUUCCUCCACUUUCCUUAAUCCGGUUAUUUUACGAUUUUUCUUGUAUUGAAUCAUUUGUACAUGCCUCAAAUGUCCUUUAAUCCUUCUAGUAUGUAUUUCGUAUUGCCUCUAGGAUCUAAUGUAUCUGCAAAUAUCUUAUUUUAGUCCUUUGAGGACUAUAUCCAUUGAAAAAUCCUCUAUUUUAGAUUUUUUGUACUUUGUCUUGAAUUAGAUAAUUUGUAUGUUCUUUAAUCCUUCUAGUUUGUAUUUCGUAAUGCCUCUAGGACCUAGCACAUCCUCUAAGGACUCUAUGGAUUAAGAAAUCCUCUUAUUUCAGAUAUUUUGUGAUUUUUAUUGCAUCAUGUGAUUUGUAUAUACUUUUAUUAUUCUUUAAUCCUCCUAGUUUGUAUUGUGUAUUGCCUUUUCAAUCUAGCGCAUCCCCAUAGCGCCAUAUUGGACAAAUAUCAUCUUGUAUCAUAAUAUUUUGUUGUCUUAAUGACAUUCAAUCUAAAUUUUUACAAUUUUUUCAUCAAGAAACUUGCAAAUCAGUUUUUUAAUGGCUUCCUCAUCAUCUCCUCCAACUUAUUUCGGGUUUUUAUUCUUAUUAGUCCUGUCUUUUGAACCCCAUAGCUCCCUAUGGGACAUGUACCACCUUGUACUAAAGUAUUUUGUUUUUAAAUGAAAUUCAAUUAGAAUUUUUGAAUUUUUUUUCCAAAAAAAUGAUAAAUCAGUCAUUUGAAGGAUUCAUUAAUAAAAAAAAUCAUCCCUUCCAUAUUUUUAUUGUUUUCUUAAUAGUAUUGUCUCCUGAAGUUAGCCCACCCCCAUAUUGGAACGGUAACCAUCUUGUAAUUUAAUAUUUUGUUCUUUUAUGACAUUUUCCAAGUAACCAUUUAUUUCCUUCCAUUUAAAAAUCGAUUUACUUCUAUUUUUCUCUCUAAUUGUCCCCCAGCUUAAUUGAAGAAUAUCCUGUAUUAAUAAUUCCCUCAGUAAAUCUACCCCAAUCGAUUGAUUCUACAACUGAAUAUUCCUUUGAUCUCAUUUGUGGCCUCCCUCGGAAUCUAUUUUACCCCAUACGGGCGUUAAUUUCCCAGUUUGUUUCAAAUCCGGAAGCAAAAAAACUUUAGAAAAGGCUGUGUGUGAUAAAUUACUUUUAAUUAAAGGUCAAGGUGUUUUUUUAUUACAUUCCGAACUAUAUUAACCCUAAAAAAAGAAGGGAGUUUAUUUAUUAUUAUUAACUGGUUUAGGGGGUUGGAUUUAUGAAUACAUUAACCAUUUAACGUAUAGUUAUAUUACUUUCAUCUAUUAAAAAUAUUAAAAAAUUAAUCGGAAGACUUUUUGGCAGGAUAUCUUAAGUACUUGAAUAUUUUAUCUUGCCAUAUUUUGAUUGGAGGUUCAUACAAUUUUAUUGUCAUCUUAAAAUAGGCGAGGGAAAUUGUUAUAAAAGAAAAAAAAUAAUACCAAUUAAUUGGUAGCACCCUAAAUUUAUUUGGGGGUAUGAAAAAUGUUUUUUUUUACUAAAUUUAAGUCAAAGGUGUGAAUUAUUUAUGCCUUUUAGUUAAUUUUUCCCCUUAUGGGGUUGAAUAUCACUAGUUUUUGAUACAAUUUUAUUAAUUAAAAUAUUUAUUUUUGAUAAUUCUUAUUAAUGUAAAAAUUUUAAAAACAUGGGGUUACCUUACAACAUUAUUAAAGUUAUUUAAGGAUUCGUUUAUAUCGGUAAUGAACCUCCAAUUUAAAUCUUGUCGGCUGCACAACGGAACCCCAAAUUAGAAGCAGAACUAUCUUUGGUAUUGGACGAUCUAGCAGCGCAACGAUACCUCCAACAA